CGGCGGGAAAUUAUUUCCUAGAACCCAGAUUAGUGGAGCCGGAGUGCUGCCGUCCUAGUCGUCGCCACUCCCGCUGCCACCGCCACCCCCUCCGCCACCGCCGCCGCCGCCCGAAGAAAACCGCCCAGAACUCCGGUCGGCCGGGAAGAUGGAAGAUGGUACCACAAAGCAUGUCAUCCAGAUGACAGGAUUUAAGAUGGAAGAAAAGGAAGCGCUAGUCAAAUUACUUUUAAAGCUAGACUGCACUUUUAUUAAGAGUGAGAAAUAUAAAAAUUGUACACAUCUUAUAGCUGAGCGCCUAUGCAAGAGUGAGAAAUUCUUAGCAGCUUGUGCAGCAGGAAAAUGGGUAUUAACGAAGGACUACAUAAUUCAUAGUGCCAAAAGUGGCAGAUGGCUUGAUGAAACAACUUAUGAAUGGGGAUAUAAAAUUGAGAAAGACUCGCAUUAUUCACCUCAAAUGCAAUCUGCACCUAAAAGAUGGCGUGAAGAGCUGAAACGGACUGGGGCUCCAGGAGCCUUCCACAGAUGGAAAGUUGUCCUCCUUGUGAGGGCAGAUAAGCGAAGUGAGUCUCUUGUAAGAGUUUUGGAGGCUGGAAAGGCAAAUGUCAUCUUACCAAAAAGUUCUCCAAGUGGGAUCACUCAUGUGAUUGCCAGUAAUGCAAGAAUCAGUGCUGAGCGAGAACAAAAGAACUUUAAGGCUCCUUUUUAUCCAAUUCAGUAUUUAGGAGAUUUUCUUUUAGAGAAGGAAAUUCAGAAUGAUGAACAUUCUCAAACCAGUUCUGGUUGGACCAAAUACAGCAAUCAAGAAAAAGGGAAUGAUUUUAAGAAAGACACAGGAUUUCUUGAAAUGAAAGCUUAUGGAGAGAGCAUAUAUAGAACACAGAACAAAAUGGAAAAUCAUGAUGAAAGUGUUAAUGGUAGAUUUGUUCUGAGUGAACAUCACAAAAAAGAAAAAUUAAGAGACUGCAGAAAAGAUAUGAAAUCUGUUAAAAAGAGAAAUGCAUUCAGAAGACAUACACAUGAGAAUCAGAAAGAAACUAAGAGAAAAGUUAAAAAUAUCCAAAGGAGUUACAUUUUAAGGAAAAUGAGCAAAAGAGAAGGUUUCUGCAAAACUGACGAUGAGCAUGACGCGAUAAGAAGUGCUGUUAAGAAGCGCGUGCGCUACAGAGAUAAGAAAGAAAUGAAGAAUUCUCUUCAUAAUGAUUAUGCCAAUGAAUCAAAAAUCAAGGAUGUCAAGGCAGAUAUGGAUCUCACAGAAGUAAAAAAUGCCUUAAAAAAGCAGAUAUACAGAGACAUAUAUAGAGCUCAGGCCGUCCGAUACAACUGCAUUAGAACCGAUAAACAGCCUGUAUACAAUGUAGAGGGUAAAAAUGCAGAGCUCCCCAGGGGGAUAUUAAACUUAAUUGAAAGCCUCAUAGAGGGACAGUUCUUUAAAGAAGCCAUCGAAGAGCUCUCCUCCUUGCAAGCCCAGUAUGUGCCCCCUGUGUGCCUUCUCCAUGCCCUUCUAGAGAAUGUUCUGCAGGAUAACAUAGAUACAUUUUCUGGUCGAUACUUUCAUAUAUUAUCAGCUCUUCUUCAUCUGCAUCCUCCUUGGAAAUCACCAGCCAUGUUAAGAUACUACUUAGAGUUAUUUCAGUGUCCAACCUGUAGGAAAGGAGCCUGGUCUCUGGUAGAAGUGCUUAUCAGGUCUUGCCUUUUCAAUGAAGCUUUCUGUCAUCAAAUAUCAGAAAAUAUUGAUUCUAAGGUGGUCCAUCUUACAUUGCUCAAGUUUUUCUUUCAUUUACUUGAAAGUGAAGUACGGCAUUUGAGUCAAAAUUCAUGUUUUUCUUACUUUUCAUUUAGAAGAAUAUGUUUCAGGAAUAUAUAUAUGUUGUAUGACUGGUCAAGUUCUCAAAGUCUAAAGGAAACAGAAAAAGGAAUUCUUCUUGAAAUCUUUUGGUCAGGGAAUGAAACUUCAGGACUUUUGACAAAACCAGUAAAUAUGCUUUUGGAGUGGACUAUCUAUUCUCACAAGGAAAAAUGCAAGUCUAAUGAUGUCUUCAAACAUGAACUAGCUUACUUACUGACGGGAAUUCUUGGAGCAGCAAUAGAUUAUUGGAUCUUCCUUGGUAUUCAUAUGGGUAGAAAUGUGAUCCGCCACCUGUCUGCUGACUUAGGAAGCUACAUCUCCCUUUCCUGUGAUGAUUUUUCUUCCCAAGAACUAGAAAUCUUCAUUUGUUCUUUUUCAUCUUCCUGGCUUCAAAUGUUUGUUGCAGAAGCAAUCUUUAAAAAGUUGUGCUUCCAGGGCCCUACCAGCGCUUGCACUGAGCCACUCUCACUUCAGAAAAUAUUAGACUCCUAUUUGCCUGUUUUGGGAAAAAUGGACAUACAUGGGGCUGGAAAAAUGCAGAUGACAAAAAAAAUCAUCCAACGGCCUUGCCUAGAGCCUCAAAGAGCACUACUAAUGCUGAAUGGUGCAAAGCCAAAACAAGUUGACGGUCAGCCAGAAUUUCCAGAGUUGAACCGUGCUAAAUGUUCUUCAUCACUGAAAAAAUUGAAAAAGAAGUCAGAAGGAGAAUUGUCAUGUUCCAAGGAGAAUUGCCCUUCUUUGGUUACAAAGAUGAAUUUUCACAAAACUAAUCUAAAAGGGGAAACAGCUCUGCAUAGAGCCUGCAUAAAAAACCAAGUGGAGAAAUUGAUUAUUCUUCUCUCUUUGCCAGGAAUAGACAUCAAUGUUAAAGACAAUGCUGGCUGGACGCCUUUGCAUGAAGCCUGUAACUAUGGCAACACAGUGUGUGUCCAGGAAAUUUUGCAACGUUGUCCAGAGGUAGAUCUGCUCACUCAAGUGGACGGGGUGACUCCUUUGCAUGAUGCACUGUCAAACGGACAUGUAGAAAUUGGCAAGCUGCUUCUACAGCAUGGGGGCCCAGAGCUUUUACAGCAGAGGAACUCUAAGGGGGAGUUGCCCUUGGAUCACGUGCUGUCACCAAAAGACAGGGAAGAAUUGUUUGCCAUCACCAAUCUAGACGAUACAGUGGACAACUUCCAUGCUCAGACACAGAAACGUUUUUAUCACCAGCAGCUUGAAUUCGGUUCAUUUUUACUUAGUAGGAUGUUGCUUAGUUUUUGUUCAAUAUUUGAUUUAUCUUCAGAAUUCACCCUAGCUUUCAAAGGGUUGGCUCAUCUAAGUGAGUUGCUUAUGGCAUGUAAUAGUGACACAGAAGCCACCAGUGGACAUAUUGACUGGUUACUGGAUCUUUACGCUAGAAACAUAAAAGCAUUAAAGAAGCUCCCCGAUGUUCUUAAGGAACUGCCUGGGAGUCUAAGUGUGCGUCCUGGAGUGCAUACUGAGGCCUUAUUGGUGACCCUGGAAAUGAUGUGUCGGUCAGUCACAGAGGUGUCAUGAUGCCGGAAAGUGUGAGUCAGACCUAAACGUACAACUUGCUCUGUCACUUAGUAUAAUAGUCAUAGCUUUGCUUAUGGACAAAUUUGAUUUAGUCACUGACAGACUUACAGCAGAUUUUCAUAGCACUUAAAAACAUCUGCAGAACUAGAAUACAGGCUCCCUGUCCAGGUUUGGAAUUUAACUCAGAAAAGAUACAACAAUAAAAGGAAGUAGUGUUGUUGGGUAUAAAAUGCUUUUAUUAAUCGUUAAAAUUCUUUGUUUUGAAAUAUUUAUUUAUAUUGUUUUGUAGAAAAUAAAAUAUUUUUUCAUAUCAAAAUGUCCCUUCCUCUAAGUGCUAUAGGUUUUUAAAUCAUGAGAAGGAUAUUCAUUAAAAUGUGUAUCUAUAUACUUGAAAAACUUGUUUCUCCUUUAUAUGCUAAUGUCUAAGAUACAUUUGUUUUUCCUUGUUUCUAAAAUAAACCUUUCUAUAAUUUUAAAUUAUAUUUAAUAAUCUUUUUAAAUGCUACAUUAUUUGCAGUUUAACAAUUGAGUUCUUUGAUCUAUUGUAGUUUAGCAGCGCAUAUAUGAAGUAUGCUUCUGUUCGCUUAACCAAUCUUCUGUCAGUGAAAACGUUUUCCCACAUAUAAAGUUUUAUUAAAUAAUAUAAUUAAAAUUUACAAUGAAAUUGCUGUGGUUAUCUGAAAUUUUAGUAUGCAGUAUGAAUUUGCAGAUUAGUGUUUCAGUUUUUUUCCUAAUAGUUUAUAACUUAAAAGACAGAGUGUGACUAUUAACCACUUAAGAGAUUGUAAUUCCUUCACUGGUGAAAGUAAGUUACACUGUGUUAUAGAUGGGGAAAAGAAUCUUGAUGUUAUGUAAUGUAAUUGCGGCCCCAGCAGCAACUAAUGUGUUAAAGAAGCAUUAUGCUUCAUUUCUCAAACAGCUCUUUCAGCAAGAGACAGGCGCUCAAUGUCGUAGUCUUUGCACACUAAUAAAAAUCAAACUUAUGUGAGAUUUCAAAAUAAUUUUAUAUGUACUGUAAAAAAUAACAUAAAAAAUUGUUUUUGUUAUUAAUCCUCCAAAGUAUCAGCAAAUACGAAUAGUCACUGGAGAGGCUGAGUUAGGGGAAUGACAGAGAGUUUGUAUCCAGACUAAGUUACAGUGUGACCCUGUCAGAGAGGAAGACAAAAAAGAAGCAAAGAUGGAAAAGAGAAAGGAACCAGAAAUAGUCACUGAAUCUCACUAUGAAGGCACCUUGGGAGAAUGCUGCUCCAUAAACUAACACACACUUGAGCAUAGACUUUGACUCAGGCACGGGGUAAAUCUGGCUAAUUUGAGGUUGCAAAGGACUUUUUUCUCUGUUUUGGUUUUCUUAUAUGUCAAAUGGAAGUAAUGUCAUGUCAGGUGCCCUUGUCCUGAAAGAAUUCAGCUAAACUCUCACUUUCUCUGAUGCUUCAGAUUUGCUGAUAAUGAGCUGCUGCUGGAGCAAAGAGGAAGAUGCUAAAAUGGACAGUAAUUUCACGACUAAAAGAUAUGAAUAAUAUCAUGAGUUAGGAUUUGUACUAUUAGGGAGUUCCAUAAGUUAGAUAUUCACUGAAGAAUAUUUAUUUGAUUGAACUAUUGCUAUUGCACAGCAAGCUGUUUUGUGUCCCACAAGUCAUAAUGCCAUGUUCCUCCAAGAUGUCUUCCUUUAAAAAGGCAUUGUUACACAGUAUAGGGUACUGUGUUCUGUGCCGAGUUACUACACUUCAAGAUUCCAGCAUUAUUUGUAUUAUUUCUUGUUUUGUAGUUUAGAAAACAUAAUUGUUGUCUUCAAUCUAUCUUAGAGGUCAAAGAGGAAAAAAUUCUAAACACUUAAAAGUCCUGAGUUAACUUUUCAUUGGAGACUUUCCAAAGUUGCUGGUGAAGACAAAGCUGAGUGAUGUCACUCUGUCCUGCAUCCUCCCAGAGCAGACUGACAGUCCUAUGGGAAAUAAAUCAAACCAUAGCCCCUUCCACAACGUGAAUAAAAGUCAGUCAGCUUUCCUCCUUGGUGCAGUUUAUUGCGGUUCUUAGACAGACUUUGGGAAUUUUCCUGUGUUCUUAAUGUUAGUUCCACUGUAGAGAAUGAAGUAGGAGUUCUGUAGACACAGUUUCCUACAAAAAUGGCCAGGAAAAAAAAUCACUUCUUCUAGUAUAUAACAAUGGAAAAUGAAUUAUUGUUUUCAGUUUAACAAAAGGCUAACAGAGCCCAAAGUGGUAUACUUCUUAGGAGGAGCUGUGACAACUGGGAAGGUAAGCUAGAAUUAAAUAUGUGUGUUUUCAUGUGUUUAUUUGAAGUUCUAUAGAAUAAAAAUUAGUUCUGUGUGUUCCUGGAAGCUUUAGUAAGUGUACCCUACUUUUUAAAUUGAAAUACUGAGCCUGAUCGCACUUUAAUUUCUGAUAGUACAUUUGAUGAGUAUUACUUUGGCAAUUCUAUUUUUAGAAUUCAUAGGCAGUGGGUGGGCUUUUGAAUUCGUAGUGAUCAUUCUGAGGCAAAUGUGAAUGUGUUAAUGCUAGGACAUAUACAUAAAUACUAUAAGAAUGUGCUUGCUCUUUCUUGAUGCUGUUAUAGGAAAAUGAAUAGAUUUACAUGAAAAGAAAAACUUACUGAUGGGUUUUGCAGCCCUUCUGCCUCUGAUGAACUUGGGAAGAGCUGUCACUGUCGCUCCUAAACCAGCAGAAUGGUGUCUUCUCUGACUGGCAUGAGCUACUUACUGCCUCCAACCUUUAUUUGGUAGCUUCCAUGCCAAUUGCAUCUCCUGCUGAGGUAGACCUCGCAAAACUCAGAAUGAUUACUCUUUUUAUAUCAAAUGUGGAUUGAGUUAGAAAGCUCAGUUACAGACUUACUGACAAGUACCUGGUUAUGUUAAACUGAACAUGGAGUAGUUAAUGCAUGUAAAUUAGAUUAUGUUAUCAGAAAAUUCAGCUUGUAUUUUAAAAUGAAUUACAGUAAGAAAAUAUAUUUUGUUAAUUUCUCAGCCUGUGUGAGAGAAAAUAUCAGGCACUAAAUUGAUCAGAAAAAGUUCAGUGAUUCUGAGCAUACUUUCUUCAGCACCCUGAUGAAGGAAGACUUUCAGAGAAGUGUUUUAUAAGACUUUUUUAAUAUUGAUAAUCAUUAGAUUAUUACUCUUAUAGUAAAUUCUGGUCAUGAUCUUGCAGAACAUAUAGAGCUGUAUGUUAACUCCUAACCCUAGUUUAUGAGAACAUGAGCAACAUAAGCUGUAUCCUUUUUGUUUAUUAAGAUAUGAAGUUGUAUGAAUUGUUAGAAAAUUCUUUGAAAUUAUUUGAAUGAAAUCUUAGAGAUUUACAAAUAUAAGUGAUUAUUUUUUGUAGAUUAUGGUCUCUUUGGAAGUUUUUUUUCUCUUAUAAACUGUUUAUGGUGUGAUAUAUUUAAAUACAUUGUUGCUUUUUCUAGUGUAGAUAUAAUGCAAUUGAACUUUUAUCAGCCUGUUUUUAAAAGUUUGAAAUGCAGCUCUUAAUCCUAGAUAGGAAUGAUUUUUCUUAAAAAUAUAAUGCUUUGCUGUUAAAGAUAUAACUAUAUUUGCAUCUCUUUAAAUACAGUGAACUCUUUUUGUGUUUAAAACUGCUGACUUAUGAAUAAAAGCCAACUGUUGUCAGAGGGACUAUUGAUCAAUUAUUCAGUAAUUAUAAUGAAAGGUGGAUAUUCAUACAUAGCAUGGAGAUAUUGAAAUCCAUUGCCUUUAACAGGUGUAGACCCAAGAAAGUUCCAUUAUUUGAGCAUCCAUGCAUUCUUCUGUCCAGUUAAAAUUGAUAAAUGUGAUUACCUUUCUUCUCAUAUUAUCAGAUUGUAUGA